AUGGUUUUGAGAAACCGGGCCGUGAUUAACACUACAGGAGAGAGACAUGACUAUCGUGGAUCCUCUGGGGAGCCUCAACAUCAUGAUGCUAACGAGGCAGAGAAGAGUCUCUCCAGAUCAUAUCACCUCAAGAAACAUCAGUGGAGACCAACAGGGAAGAAAUCUCACUGCUGCUCUAACUGUGGGAAGAGUUACUUAAUAUCAAAUUCACUAAAAGUACACAUGAGAAUUCACACUGGAGAGAAACCUUAUAGCUGUGAUCAAUGUGGGAAGAAUUUUAAUCAGUCAAGCAGCCUGUUAUCUCACCAGAGAACACACACAGGAGAGGAACCUUACAGCUGUUAUCAAUAUGGGAAGAGUUUUACUCAGUCAAGCAGCCUGUUGUCUCACCAGAGAACACACACAGGAGAGAAAUCUUACAGCUGUUAUCAAUGUGGGAAGAAUUUUACUCAGUCAAGCAACCUGGUAUCACACCAGAGAACACACACAGGAGAGAAAUCUUAUAGCUGUGAACAAUGUGGGAAGAAUUUUACUACAUCUAGUCAUCUGAUUAUACACCGGAGAACACACACAGGAGAGAAACCUUAUAGCUGUGAACAAUGUGGGAAGAGUUGUACUACAUCUAGUCAUCUGAUUAUACACCAGAGAACACACACAGGAGAGAAACCUCCUAGCUGUGAUCAAUGUGACAAGAGAUACUCUGAUAAAAGAUCUCUGAUCAAACAUCAGAAAAUACAUUAAUGAUGGAAUUGUUUCAUGAUAUCAAUGAAUUAAUGUCACAAUGUAUAAUGUUUAAACAUUGUAGUAGGAGUAUUUUAAUGAUGUCACAAUGUAGAACACUAAACGUUUGCCCCCUACAUUUUAGAAGGAGUAUUUUAAUGAUGUCACAAUGUAGAAUGUUUUAACAUUGUAGAAUGAGUAUUUUAAUAAUGUCACAAUGUAGAAUGUUUAAACAUUGUAGAAGGAGUAUUUUAAUGAUGUCACAAUGUAGAACACUAAACGUUUGCCCCCUCAAUUGAUUUCUGCAUGAUAUGGAUAUUAGCCUCAGGGGGAAAAUCCAGGCUCUGAAUUGAAAGAGUGCUAUUUAUAUGAUAUAACAGAAAGUGACUAACACAAAAAGAGCUGUGUUACACUUACAGCAUUGGUGACCCACUUGAAUCAAAAUGUAGCUAGAUGUUUUCUACAAGUUGUCAUCUAACCAGUGAUGUACACAUUAUUCCCAGAUUCCAUGUGGUUUUUGAGCUGUUAGUUUUAACAGGACAACCUCAUCUCCCCACUCUCACACAAAUGAUUUCAACAUGAUAUCGAUGAGGGAUGAAAAAUAAGUGUUGCGUUCCUUUGUUUAACGACCUCUAAAUGUAAAUGCAUCUCUCCAAAAUGUAGCUGACUGUCUUCUGCAGGUUGUCCUCUAACCAGGGAGGUAAAAUAUAUCUCCCAUUUCCAUGUGUUUUUUUAGUUGUGUUAGUUUCAACAGCACCAACAACCUGAUUUGUCCUCU